AUGCUUGUACUUAUUUUGCAUAUUUCUUUAAUUAACGAUGCUAAUGUGCAAAUUUUAGUCGUUGGCGGUCCCGAAGGUCCCCGAAAACGCGGUCGUCAAACUUAUCAUAGAUCUCAGACUCUGGAACUGGAGAAAGAAUUCUUCACCAACCGAUACCUGACGAGGCGCAGACGCAUUGAGUUGGCUCAGUACGUUGGACUUACUGAGCGACAAGUUAAAAUCUGGUUCCAGAACAGGAGAAUGAAGUGGAAGAAGGAACACAAACAAAAGGAACUGGAUGAACAGAAACCGUCAGAAAACCAUGAUUCGUCCAGUGCUAGCGACGGGAACUGCAACACAACUUUACCGGGCCAAUCAGUACCAAAAACGGAUGCCAGCCACCGCCAAAACUUUUCUCUUAAUACAACCGAUCUCCAUGAGGAAACGAAGGAGAUCAAGAAGAUCAACUUCACUAACCACUGCUAA